GCGUCGCCUGCCCUUAUCGGGUCUCACAGCUUUGCUGCUCCCCACACCCGCGAAGCCAUCACGACACGACUCCUCCCAUCGCAUCGGGCCGAACGCCUCUCGUCGCCGGCGGCCAGAGCACCGCCGCCGUCAGGUGUCGGCGUGAGAUGGCGACGCGCCACCUAAUCACUGGCCAGAACAACUGCGCCCCGGAUGGCGCGUCUUCGUCCAACCCCUUCGGCGCCCUCGCCAACGCCCUCCUCGGCCAGUCCAGCAAAGCGCAGUCAAUAAAGGAACUUCCUGGAGCUUCAGUUAAUGUUCCAACUACUUCUGAUUAUAGUACAUCUGCUCCCUUGUCUACCAUCCCGGGUUCAGAGAACGAGUUCAGGCAAGAUCAACGACCACCUGGAUGGGGUACCGAAUUCAUUCAUGGUGGUUCUGCGAAUGAUUGGGUCGAAUCUUUUCGGCCUCCAGGCCAUCCUGUAGUUGGAGGGCCAGCACCAAACUUUGCAGAAUUUGAUCAAAUUUACAGCAAUGCAGGCACUACCUCUGGACCAGCCUUGGAUGGUCCACCUCAAAGGGUUUUAUCUGGUGUCCUGCAUUCUUUUCUUUCAAGUGGCCGAGCUGGUGUGCCAUUUCAACCUGUUCCAAUACCAGCUCUUGGUUUGUCCGAAGGUGACAAACAAUGUAUACGUGAUCGUAGCUGCAUAAUGGCACGCCAUAUUUUGGCUGAUCAGCCCGAAGAAUAUAUACAAGCACAGGUCAAUACGUUGCUGCAUUCUCUUGAUAUUGACAAUAAUCAUCGAAUGAGAAACCCCCUUCAAGGACCGUAUCCAGAGAUGGAGGAGUACUGGAAUCAAUCCCAAAAUGCUUUGAGAUCUGCUCCAAUGCACAAUGCUGCAGAUCAAUGGAUUACUGAGUUUGGCAAGCAAAAUAAUAACCCUGAUGAUUGGGCACACUCUUUUGAGCAGCACCAUGGUCCCAAUGGUUGGGCCUCUGAGUUUGAGCAGCAUCAAUCUCAGAUGGGCAUGGGUCAGAUGGGAGGAGCAAAUAUGGCAAAUCUUGCAGCUAUGCAGCAAUCCCGUAUGCUUGCACAAACAUUAUCAAGUAAUAAUGACCCAAAGUUUCAGAAUUCUAAAUUCUUCCAGUUUGUGUCAAAGAUGAGCCGUGGUGAACUUAUUAUAGAAGAUAAUCAAGUAAAACAAGGUUCAGCAUCCCAAUCCAGUGGCUGGGCUGAUGAAUUUCAAACACAGUACAAUGCUAAUGCAAACUCUUGGGCAGAUCAGUUUGUGCAUGAAGAGCUUUCACAAGGGGCAGACAAGUGGGUUAGUGAGUUUUCUAGUGAACGUAAUCAGGGUGGUCUCAAUGAGAAGUGGGCUGAUGAGUUCUCCAAAUUGCAUGUGGAUGAUGAAUGGGCAGAGGAGUUCAGUGGAGGAGCUUUUGGUGAAAGCUCUGCUGAUCCAUGGGCAGAUGAGUUUCAGAACCAAUUGUCCGCUUCCAAACAGAAUUCUGGUGCUUCUCGAGGGGUUUAUGUUUUUUCCGAGAUGAACCCAUAUGUUGGUCACCCUAAUCCAAUGCAGGAAGGACAGGAGCUCUUUCGCAAGGGCCUCUUAAGUGAAGCUGCUCUUGCUUUAGAGGCUGAAGUUUUGAAAAAUCCUGAUAACGCUGAAGGUUGGAGGUUACUUGGAGUAACACAUGCUGAAAAUGAUGAUGAUCAGCAGGCCAUAGCAGCAAUGUUGCGUGCACAGGAAGCUAAUCCAACAAAUCUGGAAGUCCUUCUCGCUCUUGGUGUCAGUCACACAAACGAAUUGGAACAGGGAGAGGCAUUAAGAUAUCUUUCGAGGUGGCUUCAGAAUCAUCCAAAAUAUGGGGGUCUCGCCCCUCCACAGCCAACAGAUUCAUUUUAUGGUCCAGAUGUUAUUAGAUUGUUUAAUGAAGCUGCCAAGAUGUCACCUGAGGAUGCCGAUGUCCAUAUAGUUCUGGGUGUCUUAUACAACCUAUCAAGAGAAUAUGAUAAAGCUAUAGCUUCAUUUAAGACGGCACUACAGUUGAAGCCCCAUGACUAUUCUCUCUGGAACAAGCUUGGUGCGACCCAAGCAAACAGCAUCCAGAGUGCUGAUGCGGUACUGGCAUAUCAACAGGCUCUAGACUUGAAGCCCAACUAUGUCCGUGCAUGGGCUAACAUGGGAAUUAGCUAUGCCAACCAGGGUCUGUACGAAGAUUCUAUUCGAUACUAUGUGAGGGCGGUUUCCAUGAACCCAAAAGCUGACAAUGCCUGGCAGUACUUGAGAAUUUCUCUUGGUAAUGCUUCGCGAAGUGAUAUGACUGCCGCAUGCGAUUCCCGCAACCUUGAUGUCCUGCAGAAAGAGUUUCCUCUCUGAGUCCCAGCAUUAGAUAUUAGCGCUUGCUCAUCAGAUCCUUAUCGUGAAGGGGAAGCAGAGGGCUAGCAACAUGGGAUGGCUUUUUGGCUGCAUAUUCUGGAAUGGGAAGGAAAAACUAGUGCAAAUUGUUGGUCAUUGCUUUACCAAGAUGUUGAGUGUAUAGAAAGUCAGAUUAGCACCCAUUUUUUAGAUGUGAAAUUCCAUGGAGGAAAAAUGUUGCAACCGGGAGACAACAUAUGUAAUUCUGUAAUCUCUAUACAGGAGGCACAGAAGAAUAAAAGAGGGGUCUCAUAAAAUGUAAAAUUUUCGUGUACUGUACAACAAGAUUUCUAUACUGCUAAUGCAAUAAUAAGUACAUCCUAAAUUCUUGAUUCAAA